ACGGAUCCUCCUCACGGUGUUACCUGGAAAAACUAUGGUAAUACUUGAACGCCAUAGUGAAGGCAUGUCCCGUGAGCUCUCGGAAGAUGACUUUUAAAUAAGGUAUAGACGCUAUAUUUAAGACACGCAAUGUACACGACGGAACGCAGGCGCAUGAGCCUGCACGACACGAAGAGAAAAGAUCCCGUCCGAGUUUCGGCUGGAAGUUUAUGGCAGGAUCCUUUAGCUCUCGAAAUCGGCGCCGCCAAUAAAGGCUUAAUAUCGCCGCGGAGUCGUACCAGAGCGCUAUCUGUCAUGUAUAUCGCGGUAAACGACGGUUCUGUGGCUCCAACAGAAGAGAACCUCUCGUUGACAUGUCUUAAAGAAGCCUGCGCAGACGCGCACGCGCUACUGAAGUGCAUUUCGUUCGAGCGCAUAGCUCUGGGCACCACAGAAGUCCUGGACGCGUUCUACAACGCAGAUGUUGCAGUGGUGGAGAUGAGCAAUUGUAUCUGUCAGCAGUCGCUCUUCUAUCACCUGGGCGUCAGAGAGAGUUUCAGUAUGACCAACAAUGUCAUCCUCUACUGUAACAAACAAGAAGAUGAUCUGCAAGUUGUGAAGGAGCAAUGUGGGAGCUACACUUUUAUCCCCUACAUGGUGUCACCGCAGGGUAAGGUGUUUGCCUGCGAUGCCACUCUGAUGAGAGGAAUCACAGAUUUCCUCCAAUCCAGCUUUAAAAUCGAAUCCUUGCUGACCCCUUUGGUGGAUCGACUGGUCAAGUUGUUGGAAAGUGUUCACAUUCAUUCGAGCGAAUACCUGCACGAGGCGAUCCGCAGAGAGAUCCGUCUGGCUCGAGAGCACUUCACAGGACAGGUGCUGAGUCAGGAGUUGGGUCGGAUCCAGAAGCGCUUGGACUCGGUGGAGCUUUUGAGUCCAGACAUCGUAAUGAGCCUUCUGCUAUCGUACAGAGACAUUCCGGAUUAUGAUUCCAUAAUAAAUCUGGUGGAGACUUUGAAUAAUUUGCCGAUGUGCUUGGUGACGUCACAUCAGAACAUCAAAUUUCAAUUUAUUUUUGCACUGAACAGGAGGAAUCACCCUGGUGACCGCGCCAAGGCUUUACAGCUCAUUUUACCCAUAGUGGAAUCGGGGGGCUCGGUGGCCUCAGAUGUGUACUGCCUGUGCGGCCGCAUCUACAAGGACAUGUUCUUGAGUUCAAGCUUUAAAGACACAAACAGCAGAGACAGAGCAUGUUACUGGUAUGGCAAGGCCUUUGAGAUCGAAUCCUCUCUGCACUCUGGAAUCAAUAAUGUUGUGCUUCUAAUAGCCAGCGGGCAUGAAUUCGACACCUCUAUUGAACUGCGUAAAAUAGGUGUCACCCUCAGCAGCCUGCUGGGCAGGAAAGGCAGUCUGGAGAAGAUGCAGGACUACUGGGAUGUGGGUUUUUAUCUGGGGGCCGGGAUCUUGGCCAACGAGCACAAGAAGGUCGCGGAAGCUUCUGAGAAACUCUACAGACUCAAAGCACCAAUGUGGUAUAUUGCAUCAAUUAUGGAGACGUAUAUAAUAUACAAGCAGUUUGCCAAACCUCGAGAAGUGAAUCAUCCCAUACAAGAAACCGUGGAGUUUUGGAUGAAGUUGUUGGUACAGGCGUGCAAGCCUACAGUUUCCACAGCCCACUGCCCAGUUCUCAUUCUGGAACCAACCAAAGUGUUCCAACCCAGCAUAAUAAGUGUGAGCGAGGAAGACGACAGCCGGACGGUGCAGCUAAGACAUGUUAUACCUCCUGAGAAGGGUCUUCAUGAGUGGACUUUCCCAGCAUCUGCUAUUCGAGGAGUAAGCGUCUCAAAGUUCGAUGAACGGAGCUGCUUCCUGUACGUCCUGUAUAAUUCCGACGACUUCCAGUUGUACUUUCCCAGUGAUCUUCAUUGUAAAGGGUUUUGUGAUCUGGUGAAUUCCCUGUUGCAUCAAACCGAAUCUCCAGUGGAAGAUUCCAGUCCUGUCAGUAGUGCUGAAGAAGUUUUAGAGUUCAUGUAUGAGAAAAAUGUGAAUGGAGACAAAGUGUUGCUGGGAAAAGGAACCUAUGGGGUGGUGUACGCCGGUCGAGAUCUCAGCAAUCAAGUGCGCAUCGCCAUCAAAGAGAUCCCAGAAAAAGACAGCAUCUACUCUCAGCCGCUUCACGAGGAGAUCGCUCUACACAAGAGGCUGAAGCACAGGAAUAUUGUGCAGUACCUGGGCUCAGUUAGUGAAGACGGUUUUAUCAAGAUCUUCAUGGAGGAGGUUCCUGGAGGAAGCUUGUCAUCUCUGUUAAGAUCAAAGUGGGGACCUCUUAAAGAUAAUGAAGCAACCAUUGUCUUCUACACCAAACAGAUUCUGGAGGGUCUGAAAUAUCUGCACGAUAAUCAGAUCGUCCACAGGGAUAUCAAAGGUGACAAUGUUUUGAUAAAUACGUACAGUGGCGUGCUCAAGAUAUCCGAUUUUGGCACCUCAAAGAGAUUAGCAGGAAUCAAUCCUUGUACAGAGACGUUUACAGGCACACUGCAGUAUAUGGCUCCAGAGAUCAUUGACCAGGGUCCUCGUGGGUACGGGAAACCGGCUGAUAUCUGGUCUCUGGGCUGCACCAUCAUAGAAAUGGCCACGGGGAAACCACCCUUCCAUGAACUGGGGAGUCCUCAGGCAGCCAUGUUUAAGGUGGGCAUGUUUAAGAUCCACCCCACGGUGCCGGAGUGCAUGUCAGAGGAGGCUAAGGGUUUCAUCAUGUGCUGCUUUGAACCCAACCCAGAUAAGAGAGCCACGGCCUCGGAGCUUUCAAAGAACCGCUUUCUGAAGGGCAUCCCGAAAAAAAGAACAAAACCUCUGACGGAGAACUUCCUUAUAGAACCUGCAGGAGACUUUCACAGGAGCAUGUCUGUUCCCAUCGCUAUCUAUGUGGAAAACGCAGUUGUCGACCACAUUGAAUUGUCCAGCUCUUUUGAUGUAAGGAGGACCAAACUUGCUCUCAAAGGAAAUGACAUCGCUGCGAGUCCUCCCGGCUCUAGCAGCUUUUUGUCGGUACCAGAUGAGCCUCAAGGAGACAUGACUACAAGCCCUGCGGGUUCUGGAGAAAAUCUCGGUCUGUUCAUGUUGAGAAAGGACAGCGAACGGAGAGACACGUUACACAGAAUUCUCACCGAGUACAUCGACAACGUAGUUAAAACCAUUCAGGAAACCCUUCCUCAGACAGAGGUGCACUUUAUCACCUCAGAGCAGAUCGGUGAGCUGAUUGGCUGCCUGGGAGAGAACAUCCGCUCUCCAGACAGAAGACACCUGACUAAUAGCCUCCUCAAAUUGCGCUCCACCCUCACCAAGGACUCUGUUCCCCUCAGCAGCCUGCAGGCGGCGCUCUUUAGCUUUCAGGAUGCAGUAAAGAAGUUUCUGCGCACACAGCAGAUUAAACCUCAUUGGAUGUUUGCCUUGGACAACUUGUUAAGACAGGCUGUACAGGAUGCCAUUACAGUUCUGCUCCCAGAGCUCAAACUUCAGCUGCAGUCUUCAUUUGAAGAGGGCUCGCCAGAAUCCGAGCAUCCCGAGGAGACUGCUCAUGAAGACACUGUCAUUCCUAUCAUGAUGAUCAAUGGGGAAUUAGAAAUCUCAGAUGUUCCUCAGAAGUCUAAAGAGAGCGAAGAAGAUCUGGUCAGCGAUCUCAUCCCCAGUCACUCUUCACUCGCAAAUGAGCUUUCUGAACUCCGAGAUGAGACCAGGAGGUUACUGAUUCAGCUGAAUGAGAAGGAGAGGGAAUUCCAGGAACUUCUCAGGAACUCACUUCAGUCAAAACAAAUGCACAUCUACACCCUGGAGGUCAAGGCAUCCCCUGUGACUACAGACAAAAAAACAUCCAACAUUGCCCCCAACAACACUAUGGUGCGCUGGUUGAGAACCAUCCCGGUGGAUGAGAGAACAAUUGAAAUUCUUCUUUUCCAUGACUUCACCUUGGAGGUUCUCGUCCAUCUGACCUGCAGAGAUGAUCUGCACUACUGCGGCAUCAAAGGUGCAAUGCUGUGUCGCUUGUGGGCUGCCAUUUCCAAACAGAGGAAGUCUCAGCUCAGUCCGGUGAAAGAGGACACUGAAGACACCUUGCUUUAACACACAUGACCCAAGUGUUUUUGGAUACUAUGAGCUCAGUGAGUUUGCAAUGUAUGUGCCUUUUAUUUGGCAUUGUUUUGGUGUCUCGUGAAAUGACACUAAGUUAAAAGACAACGAUUUCCAAAAGGAAGAUAACUUGGAAAACAAUGUGAAAUUCUUAUGAGUAACCUGUUGAUUUUGAUAUUUAAGAACUCUUUUCUGUGAACCCUUUAUGCUACCAUUUCUUUUCUGAAAAUGUUGCAUAUGUGCGGGGUAUUAAGUUGUGUGUACUACUGUAUGUAUUAAGGUACAAAGAAUCUGUAUUUGUAUUUAUGAAGUUUGAGAUCUUAUACUGACAGCUUUAGCUUGAAACUGUACAAACAGUGGAACCAAUCACGCGUCACGCAUCACCGGUUCCUAAUCAGAGACAACUGGGACAUACACACAACAGAUACGGGCACGUAACAACAACUAACAAAAUGCAAUUGAAAGCAUAUAAUAAAUCAUUAAUCUUAGUAAUAAAUGUGUUAAUAAAAUUA